AUGCCUGAACCAGCCAAGUCCGCACCGAAGAAAGGCUCUAAGAAGGCCGUCACUAAGACCGCCGGUAAGGGAGGAAAGAAGCGUAAGAGGUCCAGGAAGGAGAGUUACGCUAUCUACGUGUACAAAGUGCUGAAGCAGGUUCAUCCUGACACCGGGAUCUCCUCCAAGGCGAUGGGCAUCAUGAACUCCUUCGUCAACGACAUCUUCGAGCGCAUCGCCGGUGAGUCGUCUCGUCUCGCUCACUACAACAAGCGCUCCACCAUCACAUCAAGAGAGAUCCAGACCGCCGUGCGUUUGCUGCUGCCCGGUGAACUGGCCAAACACGCCGUGUCUGAGGGCACAAAGGCCGUCACCAAGUACACCAGCUCCAAGUAAAGUGUGAUGAAGCUUUCAGCGACACCAAAGGCUCUUUUAAGAGCCACCCAUGUACUCGUCUAAAGAGCUUCGUUAAGUUCCCAUAUUAUUAGUGAUAGUAUAACAUAUGAACAUGAUUUCUUUAAACCUAACAGUAAAAUUCAAAACUGUAGAAACUAUUGCUAAUCUAGUACGAACACAAAGCUAAAUCCAGUUAAACAACAUAAUAUUCCCUGUCAAAAGCACGUAAUCGACACACUAAUGUAUUCUGAAUUUCAGGAUCAUACACUCUCACUGUUUAUCUGUGAUGGAAUGAGCUUCUAACCUCCACAAGAUCUGCUGAAACCAUCUUUUAAAAAAACAGAAAACAUAUCUACUGCAAGCACUUAAGCAAUCCACAGUAACUGCACUAUUUAAAACUUACACAAACCUCCUUUAGGUUAAAAUGUUCUAUUCCAAUGCAUGUAUGCUCUUUUACUCUAUACAUAAGUAUGUAAUAAACAGUUUACAUGUAUUUUU